UCUGGGCCGACUCCCGGCGGCCAUCUUGGUUGUGGGCAGUCGGCCGAGAGGUUGCGCCUGCGCCGAGGCCUGUUGUCUGGCGGUCGCGUUGCGUCCUUCAGGCUAGAGGCUGGAGGGGCGUCGGCGGCCGAGAUGACCCAGGCCGAGAAGGGGGACACGGAGAACGGGAAAGAGAAGGGCGGGGAGAAGGAGAAGGAGCAGCGCGGCGUGAAGCGACCCAUCGUGCCCGCGCUGGUGCCGGAGUCGCUGCAGGAGCAAAUCCAGAGCAACUUCAUCGUUGUCAUACAUCCAGGUUCAACAACUCUGAGGAUUGGUCGAGCCACAGACACACUUCCUGCCAGCAUUCCUCAUGUUAUUGCACGAAGACACAAACAACAAGGGCAGCCCAUGUACAAAGACAACUGGCUCCUAAGGGAGGGACUAAAUAAACCUGAAAGUAAUGAACAAAGACAAAAUGGCCUUAAAAUGGUGGAUCAAGCAAUAUGGUCUAAAAAGAUGUCAAAUGGUACAAGACGGAUUCCUGUGUCCCCUGAGCAGGCACGUUCCUACAACAAGCAGAUGCGACCUGCGAUUUUAGAUCAUUGCUCUGGAAAUAAGUGGACAAACACAUCUCAUCACCCUGAGUUUUUGGUAGGAGAAGAGGCCCUGUAUGUUAAUCCUUUGGACUGUUACAAUAUUCACUGGCCUAUCAGAAGAGGUCAGUUAAAUAUUCACCCAGGACCUGGGGGCUCCCUUACAGCUGUUCUGGCAGAUAUUGAAGUAAUAUGGUCUCAUGCAAUACAAAAAUACUUGGAAAUCCCACUGAAAGAUUUAAAGUAUUAUAGAUGUAUCUUGUUAAUUCCUGAUAUCUAUAAUAAACAGCAUGUGAAGGAAUUAGUGAAUAUGAUCCUAAUGAAGAUGGGUUUUUCAGGAAUCGUGGUCCAUCAAGAGUCUGUGUGUGCCACCUAUGGAAGUGGUUUAAGCAGCACGUGUAUUGUAGAUGUUGGAGACCAAAAGACAAGCGUGUGCUGUGUGGAGGAUGGGGUCUCUCAUCGGAACACUCGGCUCUGUCUGGCAUAUGGUGGAUCUGAUGUGUCAAGAUGUUUUUACUGGCUGAUGCAGCGAGCUGGGUUCCCUUACAGAGAAUGCCAGUUAACAAAUAAAAUGGAUUGCCUUCUUCUGCAGCACCUUAAAGAAACUUUUUGUCAUUUAGAUCAGGACAUCUCUGGGCUUCAGGACCAUGAGUUUCAGAUUCGACAUCCAGAUUCCCCUGCCCUUCUUUACCAGUUUCGAUUAGGAGAUGAAAAACUCCAGGCUCCGAUGGCUUUGUUUUAUCCAGCAACUUUUGGAAUCGUUGGACAGAAAAUGACAACUUUGCAGCACAGAUCCCAGGGUGACCCUGAGGAUCCUCAUGAUGAACAUUACCUGCUGGCCACACAAAGCAAGCAAGAACAGUCUGCAAAAGCUACUGCUGACCGAAAGUCUGCAUCCAAACCCAUUGGAUUUGAGGGGGAUCUUCGUGGCCAGUCCUCUGAUCUUCCAGAAAGACUGCAUUCCCAGGAGGUGGACUUGGGAUCCUCCCAGGGAGACUGCUUGAUGGCUGGCAAUGAUUCUGAGGAAGCUCUCACUGCACUGAUGUCCAGGAAGACUGCCAUCUCGCUGUUUGAAGGGAAAGCCCUGGGCCUGGAUAAAGCCAUCCUCCAUAGCAUAGACUGUUGUUCAUCUGAUGAAACCAAAAAGAAGAUGUACAGCUCCAUCCUGGUGGUGGGAGGUGGUUUGAUGUUUCAUAAAGCUCAAGAAUUUCUGCAGCACAGAAUUCUCAAUAAGAUGCCACCUUCAUUCAGGCGAAUUAUUGAAAAUGUGGAUGUGAUCACAAGGCCCAAGGACAUGGAUCCCCGGCUGAUUGCAUGGAAAGGAGGGGCAGUGUUGGCUUGUUUAGAUACGACACAGGAGCUGUGGAUUUAUCAGAGAGAAUGGCAGCGCUUUGGCGUCCGCAUGCUACGAGAGCGAGCUGCUUUUGUGUGGUGAAAUGGACAGAAAAGUCACUGUUGAAGACCAACACAUAACCUUGUGCACUUACAAGCACCGUGAAAACUGAUCAUGACAAGUAAGUGAGCUUUACCACGUUAAUUGUAUUGCCUCAGGCAUUGCUAAGUACUUGCUUGUGAAGCUGGACACUCUAUGCUUCCUUAUUUUGGUCUUUAUCUGUAAGACAUGUAUUAGAAGGAGUGGCAUGGUCCUUUAAGGAUAAUCUACAAGAACAUUUUAACAGUCAUCCACCUGAAACUGACCCACAUUCUAGAGCAGAUGCAGUCUUGCACUGUGCGAAAGAGACAAGCUUUCCUAGAAAAAUAUGGGUGCUAAUAUAAACAACCUUUUGGUGACCUCUGCAUUAAGAAAAAGAUGCUUUGAGAAAAGCAAAAAGUUGGAGGACUUAAAACGCCACACAUCUCUACAUUCUGUAAUUCUAUGGUAGAUUCUGUUUUUUAUUUAAGUAAACCAGUGCAAUAAUUCAUUUAUAAAAAGAUUAAUUACUUCAAGAGGGCUAACUUCAACAUAGGAAUUAUUUUUGUUUUGAACAUGGAAAGUUAUGUAAUAACCAUAAAACUCUGAAUUCUGACAGUGACUUCUAAUAGGUAACUUUGGGCAAAAGUAGACAUCAGCUGUGCAAGUGAUGUAUUUUGUUGUUGAUGUUAAAAGUCACCUGUACAAGAGUCAGAUAGGACAUGAAUCUAGUUCUGAGAGGGAGGGUCCUAUGCAAAUACCAAGUAUACAAGUGGUUCCACAUAGAGUAGGUCAUCUGGUCAGCAAAGACAGGUUCAGCUUGUUAUUCCCUAUUUUUGUUAUCUUAGAAAUAAGGACUUGUGUGUGUAAUAGAAGGUUUUUCACCUAAGAAGUUAUUGAGUGAAUUAGUGAGGACUCUUAGGUUUGGCAUUCAUUAAUUAAACUUAGAAAGUUAUAGAGCUAAACAAUUCUCCCUGCUCUGCAGAGCAUGGACUAUUCAAGACUGGAUAUUCGGCUGGGAGAUGCUUUAUCAUUGAUUAUCUGAAUGGUUAUAGUUUAAUAAGUGUUCUUGAUUUUUAGGUGUGAAAUUGACUUAGCUUUAUAGUUAUAAAUUCAGUUUCUGUUCUUUAAUGCCAUAGUAGUUAGUAAAUUUGUAACAAUUUUAUUAGCAUAAAAACUUUUAAUUACUAGGCUAAGGUGUAUGUAUUCAGUUGUGAAUCCUCCCUUACUUCCUUUUGCUAAAGCAGGUAUACAUAUGGUUGACCCUUGAACAACACAAGUUUGGGCAGAUUCACUUAUAUGUAGAUUUUUGCAAUA